AUGUCUACUGCGACCACCCUGAUACGCUCUGUCAUCACGCCAGCUCCCCGGCAAGCUCCAGAGCUUCUUAGGAGGCAAUCGGGCCUGUAUGGCCCUCUUCUUGGCUAUUACAAUAGCGUUUAUGGCGAUACCAGCAGCUGGCAAGCUCUUACUUGCGACUCCGACCAAGUGUUUUCCACCUCAAACGUCUUUGCGGGAUGUGUCGAAUCGAGCAGCAUUGGCCUGCCGAUGCUUGUGGAUUGUCUCCAAACCCAAAUUUCGGUGGUAUCAAUCAGCGGAACCACUCUCAUGUGCUCGAAUUGCGUGAAGCAAACAAUCUACGAAACCACACCAGCAGCCGGGACCGCCUACUACAACUACUUCUGCGCAGAAGGCUACUCCGCAUUGACAAUUUUCCGCGAAACCCAGGGGAUAUCUUCAAGCUUCUCUUCUACCUCAACCAACACGACUCCUGCAUCUACAAGCGCUCUUUCCAUCCCCCCAACAGCCACGCCCACUACCUCCACAACACCCUCUCCUUCCUCCCAGCCAACACAAAGCAAGACCAAUCAAGCCUGGAUCGCCGGCCCAGCCCUUGGUGCAGCCGCAUUCGUCGUCGCGUGUAUUGCGCUCGGGUUUGUGGUAUAUACGAGAAGACGCCGUCCGAAGCCCUAUGAGCACAGCGAGUACACUGCGGCGCAGCAGAGUCCGAGCGAGAUUGACGGGAGGAGUGUGCCCGCCGAGAUGGGGAUGAGGUAA